GUUGGCAGCGAACUUAGAACAGGUAGAGACGCACGUUCCGCCUGGAAAAUCGGUACAGAAACGGAACAGGCUAGAAAGGAACAUAUAUUGCCCCAAAACCUCAACGACACACCGUAUUGGGAAAGCCGAACGCUUUUUUUUUUUUUUGUACCGUUUUGGCGCUCGGAAAACGUGCGUCGACGUCGACAGCGACUGAAAGACGGCGACUGAAACGGCGACGAUGUAAAAUUUUAUUACCCCAAACGCAUCGAGCAGUCGGGUUUUGGACGUCCGGACUUCACCGCCGCUCGCUGCGACGCAGACUUUUAUUGCAGCUGCCAUAUAGAGUGGGUAUAUUCCAUUGGUCUGGCCCCGGAGAUCCCAAAAACUUUCUGAAGACGGACACAAACUUUUACCAGAGUGCGGCAUAAAAGUGCAAAAGUUUUUGUUCGCAGCGCCCAACGAACUAAAAGCAAAACUUCCCAGCCGCCGCGCAAAAACCCCCUUCACAAAUAAGUGAAAUAAAAACAAAGUCAAACCCAGUGCAAUGCAAAACAAAAGCCCACGAGUAUAAAACCAAAAAACAAAUGCGAAAAAAGUGCGUGAUCUAAUUGACAUCAAGUAUACGCCACGUUAGCCGGCCUAAGUUUACCAAAACAAUAAACAUUUUUCGUAGACACAUCACCGCCGUCGCGUUGACAAAAACGGAGCCAAAGAGCCGGAAACACGGAAUAGCCACCGGGAAAAUGGCGCUUUCCAAGCGGCCCCUUACAAAGGACACGCCGUUGUCCGAAAGCAAUGGCAACCACACCAAUGGCAAUGAUCACGAGACAUCCAUCAAGCGGCGCAAACGUUGCAGUCGUGACGACGACUCCAGCCUGAUCAACAACAACAACAAUAAUAAUAAUAACAACAACAACAACAACAAUAACAACAGCAAUAGCAACAACAACAAUUUGCCGCAGAAGAAACGCAAACAAGGCGGCCAGGGCCACAUCGCAGACAGUCCGGAGAGCCCCACAUGCGGUUCACUGCCCACUCCGCUGGCCAAAAGCAACACGGAUGCGGAUCAGGACGAUGAGACACUCAUCCGCGAAACACAGGCGGCGCUGAAAAGCCUAUCGGGCAGCUGGCCCGACUCAAGGGGGAAUUUGUAUCGGCUGCAGGAGCAGGACGAGAAUCCACCGCCCUUCCAGAAUCUGUUCGAGGAGAAACAAAAGUAUGAGGCCAUUGGCAAUCCCAGCCAUGCCAUACAAGCACAAGCCAGCUCACCAAAUCCCAAUUCCACACUCUUCUCACGUUUCCACAGACAAAAAGAGAACGACCAGGCGCGCCUGAAUGCAGCCAGCGGUGCUGGUGGUGUCGUCCAUCUGGAGGCACAGGGGCGCGGCAAAAAGACGCCCGAUGAGGAUCAGGAUCCGGAACUGGAAGAUACCUCAUCUUCCGCCUCGGGACAAGGCGUUUACACGCAAGCGGCCUCGGCCUUUAAGCCGCCCAUCGAUAUCAUCAAACGGAAUUAUGUGGCCGCCGCUCAUGCCCAUUAUAGUGCCUAUAAUGCGGCCGCUGCAGCGGAAUCUGCCGCCGGAUUGGCUUACUAUGGCUAUGCCGCUGCCGCCGCCGCUAGUCAACAACAACAACAGCAGCAGCAGCAGCACCAACAACAGCAGCAUCAGCAACUGAGUACCGCCUUCGAUAUUGCCAGUCAGCUGGGCGAGAAGCAGCGGCCCAAGGAACCGAUGGCCGAUGGCAAACAGUACACGAUUCUCCAGCCGGCGGGCAUCGGCAGUCGGGCUGCAUCUGUUAUGCAGGACAUAGCAUCGCGUGAAGGCGUUGUGGGCGUUCCGCUCGUGGCAACGCCACCAUCAACAGCGGCCGGCAGUCCGGCGGCAGCGGUACCAGCGGCAGGACCAUCGACUCCAUCGACACCGGCACCAAGUUAUUCGCCGGGUAGCCAAAAUCGCGCCGAUCUGGACAAACAUGAGAAGGAGCUGCAUCCACUGGACAAACUGAAGCUGGCGUCCAAUCACUAUUUGAACAAUAACAACAGCAACUGCAUCAACAAUAACAGCUCCAAACUGAGCGGCUCUACAACGAUGCCGAUUAUUAAAUCGGAAUAUAGUCCUGUUGCCAGCAUCAAAUCGGAGUAUAACAAGAGCCCCAUGCACUCAUAUCUAUCGGGGGAAGCGGCCGCGCCCGCCCCCGCCGCCCCUUCAUCAGCGUCCGCCGUCCAAGCGCCGCGUUCCGGAUCGGCAAGCGGUGCAACAGCCGCAAAUGGAGAGAACAACCUGCAUGCACCGCAUCUGAGUCGCUUUGUGGGUCUUCAGAGUCCGCCACAUCAGCCACAUCUUAAUCCUCACGGUCAUCACCAGCAACAACAGCAGCAGCAGCAGCAACAGCAGCAGCAGCAGCAACAACAACAACAGCAGCAGCAACAGCAGCAACAUACGUUGCACCAGCAGAGAGGACCCUUCAUAGAGGGCAACGAUGUCCCAGAUCCUUCAGCCAAUUAUCACUCGGAACACCAGCAACAGCAACAGCAACAGCAGCAGCAGCAGCAGGCCGACGAGCGACAGCAGCAAUAUGAGCAAAUGCGUUAUGCCCAAAGUCAUGUUAGCGUUGGUCCAAGCGGAGAACUAAUGGCGCCCAAUGGAGGCGAACUAUCGCCGGGUACGGCGAGAAGCGCCUACGAAGCGCAUCCUGGACACCCGCAUCCGCAUCCCGGACACCCACAUCCACAUCCGCCCGUCUCGCUGAGUUCCCUCAGCUCUCCAGCUUUUACGGUGGAUGCUGUAACGGCAGCCAGUGGAGCGGGCUUCGAGCGUUACGAUCCCAGCGGCGUCUGUUGUCCCAGCAACGGUCAAAGGGCAACCGCGGCAACAGCGGCGACGGCAGCGGGCGCUUCUGCGGCGGCGGCUGCCUAUCAUUAUCUGCCCCAAACCACCGACGAGAUGCAGGCCCAGCAGCAGAAAUAUCUGCAGGAGCAGCAACUAAUGCUGGCCAAGGCGGAGCACGAGGAGUUGGCCAACGGCGGACAGCCUCUAUAUCCGCGUCCGAUGUAUCACUAUGAUCCAACGAUGGGUCCUCUGCCGCCGGGCUUUUCGGCCAUUAAUCUAUCGGUUAAGAUGGCCGCUGCUCAGGCAGCAGCUGCAGCAGCCGCCUAUCAAAAUCAGCAACAACAGCAGCAGCAGCAACAGCAGCAGCAGCAACACCACCAGCAGCAGCAGCAGCAGCAGCAACAACAACAGCAGCAACAACAGCAGCAGCACGGCAAGCAGAGCAGCUCACCCGCACCCAAUGUAAGCGGUGUGCCGGCGGUGGAUCUAAGUGGUUCCACCUCGGUAACGAGUAGCAGCCCGCACGGUUUCAAUUCGCCAGCCUCGCACAACCAAUAUACCGCCCAGCGUAUGGGCAACGGUAGUCCGCAGCCGGGAGCUAGUCCAAACAUUGCUAGUCCUCAGGUGCCCAGUCCCCAGGGACAGACGUUGGACCUCAGUGUCACCCGAUUACCCCACAGCAUUAUUACGAGCCCGCAGUACGGUGCCGAUGGCCUGGUGGUGGGUCAUGCUCAGGGUUUUGUGAGUGGAGCGACAGGACCUCUGGGUCCGGGCAAUGGUGGACCACCGCGAUCGCCGCAAAUGGAACCAGUGGAUUUCAGCGGGCCUCCAAGACCCCUGGGCUUUGGUCUGGUGGGACACAUUAGCGGUCCACGACCUUACAGUCGCGAAUCCACGCCAGACAGCGGCGGAUCACACUAUAUCGAAACGUACCGGGAUCCCAGUGGUUACUCACCGCACCCUGGCUAUGGGAUGGUGGUGCAAUCGGACUAUCCACCUGCUGGAUACCACGGUUACGGUCCGGCUGCUUAUCAAUGCAGUAAUCCGUACGCCACGGCAGUGGGUCCCGGUGGCUAUCCCACGCCCGUUUCCGGCGGAUAUUCGCCCAGUCCGGCCACCUGCUACUCCAUGCCACCGCCACAACACAUCCCGCAGCACGACAAGUCCAAGGACGGAUUGACGGGCUGCUCGCGCUCGGACCGCAACCAUCUACAGUCGCACUCGCAGGAGCUCAAGUGCCCCACGCCCGGAUGCGAUGGCUCCGGACACGUGACGGGCAACUACUCAUCACACCGCAGCCUCUCCGGCUGUCCAAGGGCUAACAAACCGAAGAGCAAGCCUCGCGAUGGCCAGGAUUCGGAACCCCUGCGUUGUCCCAUCCCGGGCUGCGAUGGAUCCGGCCAUUCCACCGGCAAGUUCCUCUCCCACAGAAGUGCUUCGGGCUGUCCGAUUGCCAAUCGGAACAAGAUGCGAGUCCUGGAAGCCGGUGGCACUGUGGAGCAGCACAAGGCCGCUGUGGCAGCAGCCACGGCCAUGAAGUUCGAUGCCUGCACCACGGUGGGGAGCCAGGGCAUAAAGAAGCCCAAGUUCGAUGAGGUUACCAUGGUCUAUCCAAAGGGUUAUACAGGCGGCAGCGGACUGGACAUUGUCAUGGGUGGCGUAGGAAGCAGUGUCGGCGUGGGACUUGGUCUCAAUGUUGGCAUCGGGGUCACCAGCAGCAGUAGCAGCAGCAGCAGCGCCGGUGGUAAUAACAACAACAGCGGCAGUAGCAACACCGUCGUAACCGAUAAGAAUCCAUCUGGUGGGGGCGCCUCAUCGGGCGCCAAUGGCAGCGAUGACUUAAACACGUUGGAGGCCGAGAUAUCGGAACUUCAGCGGGAGAAUGCACGCGUAGAAUCGCAAAUGAUGCGACUUAAGUCAGACAUCAAUGCCAUGGAGUCGCAGCUGAGCACCAGCGAUCGGGAGGCUUCUCCAUUGAGUGGUCAUCAGCAGCAACAACAGCGUUCCUCGGUGGCUUUGGCCUCGCCGAGCGGGCAAUCGCCAUUCGCCAGCGUCAGUUCCACCAGUGGUGCCAGCUCCUCGGUCAGUGGCGCCACCACAAACAGCAACAACAAUAACAGCAGCUCUGGCGGUGGCACCACCAAUGCCAACGAUCUCAACCACUCGAUCAGCAAUUUGGCACCCAGUUCGGGCAGCAAUCCCAACCAGGCCAUUGAGGGCGUAGGAGGAGCCCCACCCAAUGCCAAUUUGAACAAUUACUAUGAGAGCCUGAGAAAUAAUGUGAUCACGCUGCUGGAGCACGUGCGUCUGCCGCCACCACCACCACCGCCUGGUGCGGCCACGCCCAGUUCGUCGGCAUCAUCGGUGGUUCAUGGAUUGGAUAAUGUUUGUGGUGCCGGUGGUCAGUUGGUGGCCGGUGGAUCGCUGAUGGGUGGGGAGCAUGCGACAGCGUACUCCACACUCCUGCCGCCGCCACCACCACCGUCGUCGGGCGGUGCCGCUUCCGUCGGUGGAAUGUACGGUGUUGGUGCUAAUGGUGCCACCGGUCUCCAUCAGGGCACUGGCUCAAGCAAUGGUGGUGGACUAGGAUCUAGCGGAGCCGUUGGACCGCCACCAGUGCCACCGCAUCAUCAUCCCUACACGGUGCAUCAUCCCGUUAGCUACGCCCAUCCACAUGGCCAUCCGCAUGCACAUCCACACCCGCACGAGCACUUCGACUCGUAUAUUUCCAAACUGCAGUCGCUAUGCGUGCCCCCCGAUGUUUAUGCCCUGCCCGAAGAUGCGGACCGGCCUGUCUACAACUCAGUGAAGCCCACCAUGCACCAGGACUACGGCAAACUGAUGCCGACGCCCAUCUAAGAACUCUGAGAAUCAAAAGCCCAGUAGUACUGGUGACCCCAAAAUAGAGCCACAUCCCGUCCAGGGCUCAAACACGUAAACAUGUACAUAAAUACUUAGGCACAAGCAGUGAGAGGUAGGAUUUAAGUGGUUAAACUGAUGUUAUCCAUAAGCCUGACUUGAAGGCAGACUAUGCAAAUUGAAAUUGGGACAGAGUGUCGGGGUCAUCCGUACGUACUCGCUGCCCCAUUAGUAGAUACAUAAAGCUAGUUCUUAGGGAUAGAAACCUAACCUAACCAAUUAGUUGGUUGGGACCAUGCUAGUUCCAGUCUUAGUAAUUAGAACUGUUCCACAUCCUAGAUCCUAGACGCUUUCGUCGUGUGUUGAUAGUAAUGAUGUAAAAAAAAAACAAGAAUGCAAAACCGAACAUAAGUGUGUAAUUCGAUUAUAAAUUGCAAUUUUUUUUUGUCUGUAUCAAAUACUACAACUAGAAAUUAUAGAAAUCGAUAUAUAAUUAUAUGAAAUAACAACUCCCAAAUAUGUUUAAAUCUAGGGCAUUUGUUUGCUGUUGAUGUCUGGUCAAUUUUUUGCAUACGGAACGGAGCGCAAGAUGUUCGCCACUACUUAUUGUAAUAGACCCUAUCCAAGUUCCACGUAGUGACCCUCUAGCCCAUAUCCCCGCAGGCUAAGUUAAGUUUAGUGGCAAAGUCGAACACCAAAGUGAAGAAAGUGAAAGACGCAGUAAAAUACAGCAUAUAAACACGUGCAAAUAUAAUCAGUACUAAACUUAGUGGAUGUAAUCGAGACAAUUUUUUUUUGUGUAACUGUAAUAUUAAAAUGUAAUAGUAAUAACAAGCGAAUAUCUAAAACUAUAAAGGGUAAGUGUGCGGAAGGAGUUGAGAUCGUUGGGUUUGCGAGGCGGCCGCCAUACAUACAUACAUGAAAUCGGUAAAGGACGUACGCGUACAUAUGCAGAUUAUAUCGGUAUGUGUGUAUAUGUAUAUGUCUGCUUUUCUGUAGGAUCGUAAGUUUUAAUGUUACCCCUUACGAAAUCGGAGAAGAGGCAUUAACGAAAACCCCUGAAAAAAAAAAAAUAGAACGGCAAAAUAGAUUAAAAUUCAGUGCAAUACGUUCAACCGAAUGAAAGCAACUCAAAAAACCAAAAUCGUAAUUUAGUAAUUUACUUAUUGUGUAAGCCUAAGUAAACCAAGUAGUUGAACAAAAAGUCACGUUUUUUUUUUUGUAUCGUCAUACGUCUAAUCUUAAACUUAACUUUAACUAAAUAAAAAAAAAAGAGUAAAGCGUAGAUCGGAGAUGAAAACCCCAGGCCGCAAGGUAAUUUAGACGAAUUUUAAAAAAAAUAAAAAACCAAAUGGAAAAAGUUUAAAACAAAAAAAAAACAAAAGGCACGAAGCAAAUGUCGAAAAAGUACGAAAAUAAAUAGCAGG